CCGCCGCACCGCGGGGACAGCGUGUCGUAGCCAGCCCGGGCGCGGGUCAGGGCUGCCCUCCUCUGGGUCUGGGAGCCCCGGGGAACCUGUCACACAGCGGGGAACCGGGUCCCUAGAGAGGGCAAUUAGCGCUCGCCAAGCUGCCUGGGGAGCCCGGCGUGAGGGGCGCAGAGGUGCCCCCUCGGAUACCAGUGAGAAACCAGUGGUCAUCAAGGACAGGACUGGAAAAUAGUGGGUUCUCUUUCACAUAGACGGCUUACUCAGUAUCCCAGGCCCGUUCCCAAGUCUGCUUUAUUUCUUUCUUGGACAAAUUACAGCAGGUGCGCUUUGGCCAGAACGAGGCACUGUGAAUUUACGUGAGGAGAUCAAGUUAAAAAUGAGAGGAAAGCAGUUAUGUGCCUGCUUCUUGCUGAUACCUUCUGUAUAUUUUUUGAUACAAAUGGAAGCAGAAGCCUUUCUCUUGCAGGCCGUUUGAGUUUAACCUUGUCAUGGUCAGAGUUUGGUUUAGGUGUGUUAAGUUUGAGAAUCACGUGUGUUGUUAGCAAGGAGUGUAAUAGACUCACAUUCUGGCCAGUUAGCCUGACGGCACCAACGAUGUGUCGUCAAAGCCUGAGCAGGAAAAUUGUCGCAGAAAAAGCCUCCGAAUACCAUGAAAACUAACAAAAGUAUACCGAGGAGGGUGAGUGCAAUAAAUGAAAGUUUUUUCAGGCCUUUAAUUUGUAUUUCUUUUCUUUUCUCUUUUUUUUCCUCUCGGCCCAGGGAUUUGUUUUAAGGAACAUGGAGGAGUGAGCUCCCUGCAGUUUCUUGAGUUUCCCAUCUAUCUGAUUUUGACAUGAUCAGAUGUUUGGUGGAAGAUGUGCGAGCCAGGCUGCGUUCUGGGGUGACUAUCAACUCACUGGGGCAGUGUGUUGAGGAGCUUGUCCUCAACAGCAUCGAUGCCAAAGCAACAUGUGUAGCUAUCAGGGUGGAUUUGGAAGCUUUUAAGAUCCAGGUGGUAGACAACGGCUCCGGAAUGGGGAGAGACGACUUAAAUGCCAUGGGAAAGCGGUACUUCACCAGCAAGUGCAGCUCAGUGGGAGACUUGGAGAACUUGAUGUUCUACGGCUUUAGAGGGGAGGCUGUGGCAAGCAUAGCCAACAUGGCCAGCGUAGUGGAAGUUUCAUCUAAGACCAGCAGGACAGCAAAAACGUUUGUGAAAUUGUUUCACAAUGGGCAAGCACUGGAAGUCUGCGAAGCUGAAUUGAGCAGACCAAGUGGCGGAACUACAGUGACCGUGUGUAAUCUGUUCCAUCAGUUACCAGUGAGGAGAAAGUGUAUGGACCCUGUGUUGGAAUUUGAGAAAGUGAGACAGAAAGUAGAGGCUAUUUCGCUGAUGCAUCCCUCUGUUUCACUUUCUUUAAGGAAUGACACUUCUUGUUCUAUGGUGCUUCAGCUCCCAAAGACAAGAGAUGUGUACUCUCGGUUUUGUCAAAUUUAUGGACUGGGCAGAUCGCAGAAGUUACGAGAAAUAAAUCAUAAGUCUGGGGGAUUUGAGCUAAGCGGUCAUAUCAGUAUUGAAGGACAUUACAACAAGAAUAUGCAGUUCUUGUAUGUGAAUAGAAGGCUUGUUUUAAAGACAAGACUACAUAAACUAAUUGAUUUUUUAUUACGAAAAGAAAGUGUCAUUUGCAAGGCAAAAGGUGUCCCUGUGAGCAGACAGACUAGUACAAGUCCUGGUCGCCACCGUUGUGGCCCAGAGUUGUAUGGGAUCUUUAUUCUCAAUGUGACCUGUGCAUACAGUGACUAUGAUGUGUGUCUGGAACCUGCAAAAACUCUAAUUGAGUUCCAGAACUGGGAUGAUGUUCUAACUUGUGUAGAGGAAGGAGUGAAAAUAUUUUUGAAACGAGAACAUUUAUUUAUUGAACCAUGUAAUGAGGACAUCGGAGAAUUUAAUGGCUUUUGUUUGCCUAACGCUCCAGUUCCGAAGCCCUCACUCUCUGAUGAGAAAAGCAUCCAAGACGCUUUUAAGAAAGCAUGUGACGAAAUUGUGGAUUCCUAUGAAAUGCAUAAUUUGCAAUCAAAGGAUGUCAAAAGGAAAUCCGGGACUGGAAAAAAAUCUUCAAAUCUUACAGAGUCAAAUAAAAAUCUACAGGAAACUGAAAUCGCCCCAAAUCAGAAGACUGCCGAACCAUCUGAUCCAUGUAGAAACAACAAAGUGGAGAUUCCACUGCCCAGCAAAGAUGACACAGCUUCUGAUUUCAUGACAUCAAAUAUCUCAGAGCAGGAGCCAAAAGACACCAACAGUUCCCAAAAAGCAUCUGAUACUCAUCUGAAACCUUCAGAAAACCGCCGUUCCUCUUCUAGUGGAGGGGCCAGAUCAGAAACAAGAAAAAUAGACAGUUGUGGUGACCUGCAGCAUUGUGCAGAGAAUUACAUAAAAGAUGGGGGAAGCCAGCAAGGCAAAGUAGUGCAGAAAGGCAAUAUGGUCCGUAUCUUAAAUAAUGAUGCUGUUCAAUCUCUGUCUGAGCGAGAAGACCCUACUGAAACAGCAGUGGGACUGGAAACUGUCUCUGGCAGUUCAUUGAUGAGACUGUGUCAUGCAAGAGGAGAUGGUAAAGCAGUUGAAGUGAUAGAUGAUGCUGGGAGAGGGGCUGUUAGUUCAAUACCAUUAAAACCGUGCUCUACAGGCCUCGUAACGCAUGUUACGCAAAAUGAGCCCUCACGUGAAUGUGAACAAACAGAAACAAAUCUUGCAUUAAAUGUGUGGUGCAGACCUGGCCCUGUCAGUGCCAAGGAUAUUUUUGGCCACAAAGUGAAUUUUCCGAUUCAGUCUUUAAAUGCUACAGAUCUUUCUGGUAAUACAAAUGAAGAAUAUACACCUCCUUACACCAGAGAAGUAUGCAUGGCUGAUGGUAAUGAGCAGUUAGAGAACAAAACUUUGUCAAAUCAGGUUGGUGAGGGGAUAGCUAUGCCUAUUGCCACCAGUAAAAGACAUCAUGAGAUGAAUGUUACAGAAUUGCCGCUGGCAACUUCUUCAGGUAUUCCUCACAAUAAAGUUAGAAAAAGCACUAGAAGACAGAUAGCUGUGCCAAGAUCUCAGCCCUCUAAGAAGCUGAGCUUGUCCUCACAGCUGGGUUCAUUAGAAAAGUUCAGGAGAUACUAUGGGAAAGUCAAGUGUAUGCUACCACCACCAUUGCCAGAGCAGAGUGAAUUUGGUCUCCAGGUUUUUAAUUCACAAGCUAAUUGCGACUUUUCAAAGAAUGAAAAUGACAACCAUGGUAGUGCUACCGCUUGUGAAACUCCAGCUUUGGAAGAUACAGAUGCUAAUAGUAGUAGCCCAGUUUUUGGUUCUUUGGGAGAGACUUUAUUCUGCAGUGGAGAAACUUCACAGGACAAACGAGCCCUUUGUCAGAUUACAUUGUCUGAUUACUCUCAGGUUAGUAAAAACAAUACAAGUUGUAAAAGAUCUCCAGGAUCAUUAUCAUCCAAACUGUCCAGAAUGAAAAGCGACUGCAGAGAAGUAGAACAUCUUGGUGAACAAUUCCAAACAGAUUCAAGUAGAAAAGAGGACUACUGUUUUGCUCUUGAAUCUUCAAAUAAUGAUUUUUUGUAUGAUGCUUGUCAAACAUAUCAAUCCUCAGUGGAAAAAAUGAGGGAAUGCAAUUACAGCAUUUCUAAGGGGGAUGCAUGCUUGCAAUCAGAUGGUACGAGAGCACAGUCCAUGAAAAGUACGGUCAGUCCAUCACCACUCAGCAGCAUAGAAGGGGAGUACACAGUCUCUUCAAGCAGUGUUUUUUCAUUACCAGCUAAAAAGGACUGUACUAACGUCAUAAGUAAAGAUAAAAGUACAUUAGAUGAAUCCUCAGAACAAAAUAUGAAAGAUACUGAGGUUCCCCAUACGACCUUCCCAAGUAACUUGGAAUUCUCAGCAGACAACACAAGCACAGGCAAUCCCAGGAAUGAUUUGUGGUGUUCUGACUGGCUGCAAGAUUUUGAUGUUUCGUCGGGUAAGACAAUAUACAUCAAUAAAGCAACCGGACUGAGCACCUACAGCACUCCUCCUACUGAAGGGUUUAAAGCUGCCUGCAUUCAAGAUAUAACAACAAUGGCUGUGAAUGUUGUCUCAGAGAAUGCGGUGUGGUGUUCAUGAGUCUUCAUUGAUCUGUCUGUCAGGUUUGGCUUUCUGUGGCCUCCUGAUCCG